UUAAAGAGGCGCGCCGGCCAACGCUGCUCGGACUUUCUCCUUGGGCAGAAUCAGCGCGAUGAAGAGCAGAACCGAGCCGGCAGCAUGCGCUCCAGGCUCCCGCGGACCGCCUGCCUACUGCGCCUCGUUGCACUCUGCAUCCUCCUGUCGCACGGCGCAGCUUACUUUGGACUGACAGGGCGGGAGCCCCUGGUCUUCCUGCCGGGCCACCUCUCCAACGAGCCGGCGACGGGCAAGGCCCACCUGAAGCAGUGCGAGCAGAUGGUGCUGUCUCGGCGGCAGAAGAGGCUGUGUCGACGUGAACCCGGCCUGGCCGAGACGCUGCGCGAGUCCGUGCGCCUCAGCUUGCUCGAGUGCCGCUACCAGUUCCGCAACGAGCGCUGGAACUGCAGCCUGGAUGGCCGGGGGAGUCUCCUGAAGAGAGCCUUUAAAGAGACAGCCUUUCUCCUGGCGGUUUCGUCGGCGGCGCUGACCCACGCCCUCGCCAAGGCAUGCAGCUCGGGCCGCAUGGAGCGCUGCACCUGCGACGACUCGCCCGGCAUCCAGCACCGGGAAGCGUGGCAGUGGGGGGUGUGCGGCGACAACCUCAAGUACAGCACCAAGUUCCUCAAGCGGUUCCUGAGCCAGAAGAGGGUCAGCAAGGACUUGAGAGCUCAGGUGGACGCCCACAAUGUCAAUGUGGGAAUUCGGGCGGUAAAGAGCGGCCUCAAGACCACCUGCAAGUGUCAUGGGGUUUCCGGCUCUUGCGCCGUACGGACUUGCUGGAAGCAGCUGUCCCCAUUCCACGACACGGGCCGGCUGCUCAAGUACCGCUACGACGUAGCCAUGCGAGUUCUCAGCGUCACCAACGUGGCCACCGGCGAGAGCGAGCUGGCGGGACCGCGUCGCCACAGCCACAGCCCGCGCACCACCGACCUGGUCUACCUGGAGGAGUCGCCCAGCUUUUGCCGGCCCUCGCGCUAUUCAGCAGGCACGGGUGGGCGCUCAUGCGCCAAGGACACCAGCUGCCAGAACCUGUGUUGCGGCCGUGGCUACAACACGGCCAUGCGCCUCACCAGCCUUUCCUGUAACUGCCAGGUGCGCUGGUGUUGCCAUGUUGAGUGCCAGACGUGUGUCCGUGAGGAGGAGGUUUACACCUGCAAGAGCACAUAGGGCUCUCGGGAUCCUGUGGAACACUGAGAUGUCCUGGGAAUGUGGCAGAAACUUAUCACACCGGCCAUAUAUAAACAUGGCCGAACUUUGACGGCCAAUGAAAAAAACAAAUGUAUUCUGCCGAGGCGCACUUUGGAACAUGCCCUCGCAGAUCUUUGCGCGGGAUAGACUGAUCGUGUUUGCCAAUUAACGCCCUAACAUUUUCAGAUUUAUCACUCUCAACAAUUCAUAUCAUCCAUUUCCAUGGCUAUAUUACACUGCCAGGGCAAGGGCAAUUAAGAGUCCAGCAAUUUGGGUGAAAACGCACAACUUAGACCCAUUUCGCAGAGGUGGUACAAUUCGGUUCAAGUCGUCUCACUGCAAUUUGGAACAGAAAAUCCAAUGUGGAAAGUGCAGUCUGGAUGGUGCGGCGGUGGAUAUUGCGUUACCUACGCGAAAAGAUUGACGACACAGUGCAAGCCGCCCCACUUUAAACAACAAUGGAGGAGACCCAGCAUUUGAUGUUGUUUCUUCAUUCUAUGUCGAGUGAAAGCAUUUGUUUCGAUUGGUUUGUGACAUGAAAUGGCACCCUUGAUUUUUAGAUUUUCACGCCACUCUGCACAUAUUUUUCCAUUGUGCCGGAUGCACUGAAAAUUCCCAAUGAGCAUUUCAAACAGGUACUGUAAUUUUUUUUUUUUUUUAAUGUAUCUGAUCUACUACUGCUGCUUUUUGUACUUUACGCUCUGAAUGAACCUACCUGUCUGUCUUUCAUGUCUGCUGUACUUUUCUUUAAAAAAUGUUAUGCCAAUUUAAGGGUUAAAGCACUUACGCUGCUCUGGCUAUGUGCAGUAAAGACAACAAAAAAACAGAAUUGAUAGUAUCACUGGAGGACUUUGUCACUGCGUACAUGUACAGGAUGAUGAGACUCCCCCCCCGCCCCAAAAAAACCACGCUGGCUCUUCGGUUGCUCUUAUGGAAAUGUUUAUGGAAAUCUCUGCGUGGUAUGAAUGUGUGCCUACAGAGGGAACUAUAGGGGGUUAACAGAGUGGGGAUAAAAAAAAAAAA